CAAACUUUUCCAUUCUUCACUCGACUCUACUAAUAUAUCCGCAAGAAAGAAGUAAAGAUCGUUCACUCAUUGAAUCUUGCUGGUAUUUUAUGCAAUUACCUGGAUUUAUCUUUAAUAUUCUUUCAUAAUCUUUUGAAACAAGAUAACGUCUUGUCUCGUGUAUUUCAUAAAGGUUCUCUAGUGGGUUUUCGAUGUUUGCCAAUGCGAUUCGGUUUGUAUCCAAUACUAAAAAAAUAAAACAUGAUUAUAAUAUAGACAAGGAAAGUCCCAUUUAUGUAGGGCCUUGGACAGUGUAUCCUGCUACGAAACGAGGCACCAAUAUUGAGGUAUCGGUUUUCUCGUUUGAGAAGCGGAUUUUAUCAACGAUAAUAAGAAAUUCUGUUGUAAAUGCUAGCUUGAAAGAAAAUUAUAUUCUUGAAGUAUUACGACGCGAUGUUAGUUCUCUAUCAAGGCUUCGUCACCCUUCACUUCUUCAGGUUGUGGAGCCACUAGAGGAAUCAAGAUCAAGACUAACCUUUGUAACGAAGAGGAUUCAGUCUUCUCUUGCUGAUGUUAUUUGUAUUUCUACUCCGAUUGCUGGUAACUCAGGUGACAUUGAUAAUCAUCUUGCUUUGGAUGAAAUUGAAGUUCAAAAAGGUUUAUUGCAGGUUAUGAAUGGUAUAUUGUUUUUAAAGGAUUCCGCAAAUAUAUUGCAUUUAAAUAUACAACCACGCUCUGUAGUUAUCGACUCAAAGGGCGACUGGAAACUUUGCGGAUUUGGUUUCUGUCAGUCAUCUGAAUCCCCUCGUUACGAGUUAAUGGAUUUCGACACUUCGACCCCUUCUUCUUUACAGCAGUCUUUGGAUUUUUUAGCUCCUGAGUACGUUCUGCAUGAAAUCGUAGGACCUGAAAACGAUGUUUUUUCUUUGGGAUGUCUUAUUUAUGCCGUGUUUAAUAAAGGGAAAAGCGUAAUUAGUGCGAAAAACAAUCUUUUAACUUAUGAGAGAGAAGUAAAUAACUUGAAUGAUAAGCUACAGUUUUAUGUAGGGAGUAUCCAAUCGCCUUCCUUACGUUCAUUACUGCUACAGUUACUGUCUCCAAAUCCAAAAAAUAGAGUCGAUGUUGCCUUCAUGGAUUCUUCUGAUUACUUUACGAAUGGAAUUAUAUCAACAUUGAGAUUUUUAGAAGCUUUUCCCGAAAAAUUACAAUCCGAAAAAGUUGCUUUCCUAGAAUCUUUGAUAAACAGGUUACCAGAAAUAAGUUUUCGGAUACAAUCGCAGAAAAUUUUACCUACUCUUCUGGAUUUCUUAAACGAUAACGAAAUAGCAGCACCUCUUCUGUCUUGCGUCUUCCAAAUAUCCAAAUUUAUUGAUUCUUCUGUGUUUACUAACAAAGUUUUUCCAGUACUUCUUCCUCUGUUCACUUCCUUUUCAAAGGAUUCCGAAAAACCUCUUUUAAUAAUUUUACAGUAUAUUGAUUGCUUCAAAGUGAAGCUUCCACGUUCAACAUUUAAUGAAAAAGUCUUGCCUUUUGUUUAUGCAUGCGUUGAGCAAUCUUAUGCAAACGUUCAGUUAUCUGCUAUUGGAGUCUUCUGUUCUCUUCAAGAUAUAUUGGACCAAAAAAUUGUAAAAUCAGCAAUUUGCCCUAAGUUAUAUCACUGCUUCUCUGUCACCAAAAAUUUAGAAGUCAAGGUCUCUAUUUUGGAAUGUUUUCAUGCUUUUAUUCAAGCAAACCUGUUAGACUCGUUUGCAAUUCUAGAAAAACUGCUACCGUUACUUGAAAAAGUGAAAACACGGGUUUCUGCUGUAGUGAUGGCUAUGAUGAAAGUUUAUAUCGAUAUUGGACGAGUAAUCCCGGAGGAAUCCGUUCACGAACUGGUUAUGCCGAGGCUUUGGGUUUUGAGUGCAUCAUCCGAAUUGAGUGUUCAAGAAUAUUCGCAAUUUAUGAGAGAAAUCCGGAAGUUGAGUGAUUAUAUUCAAAUAGAGCAUAAAAAGAAGUUAUGCUCCCGCCCCUCGUCUGCUUAUGACGAUUCUAGACAUAGUGUCAAGAUCUUAAAUAAUGCCGUCGCUAGUAGUCAGUCUUCCCGCAUGCAAGAACAAACUCUACCUUCUACAUGGCAAUCUUCAAGUAUGAAGACCGCUUCAUCCUUUCCCUCAUAUACGACUGUAAAUAUGACUGGUAAGAACUUGACAUCUACGCCAUCUUUUCCUCCUUCUAUACCUACUGAAAUUAAUGAAUCCACCGUCAACCAACAUAAUGUCAAAAAUGGGGAUUCUCUCAACGAUUUAGGGGCAUGGAAGAGUCUACUAUAACAAGCUAUCAAUUUAUUUAGCAUACAAAGGAUAUUUAUUGCAAAUAUGUACAUAACAAUAUUAUGAUUUGAACCUCAGCAAUCAGUAAAUCCAAGUUUGUGAGUGGU